UUCCCCAUUCCCCCACCUCCCAUUCUUCUCUAUUUCUUUCUCUCUCUAAAAACUUGACCCACCAAACAAAUAGAAAUUGGGCAUUUGCAGUUCUCUCUCUAAAAUACACAGAGUUCAAAGGCAAAAAAUGCGUAAGGACGAUUUGUACAUAACGGUGCCGAGUUUCUUCCGGUGCCCGAUUUCUCUCGACGUGAUGAAAUCGCCGGUGAGUUUAUGCACUGGCGUUACCUACGACCGGAGUAGCAUCCAACGGUGGCUCGACAGCGGCAAUAAUACUUGUCCGGCCACCAUGCAAGUGUUACAAACUAAGGACCUUGUACCUAACCACACUCUCCAACGACUCAUCCGGAUCUGGUCCGACUCGGUCAGAACUCAAGCCUCUGCCGCCGAGUCAAACCGAGUUAACUCAGUCAGCCGCGAUCAGGUACGCGAGCUAAUCAAACAGUUUGUUAGCGACUUUCGAGUUCACACCGAGUUGGAGGCGAACUCGGAUCGCUUAUCGAAACUCUUAGCUUUCUCCGAAGAAUCGCCAGAGAAUCUCCGAUUCGUAGCUUCUAUUGCCGCGGAGAGUGAUUUCCUUGCGAUUCUCACUUCAUUCCUCGUUCACAACCCUAAAAAUCUCAAAGUUGUUGAGAAAAUCGUGCCUCUCUGGAAAAUGCUGCUUGAACGAAGCUCUUCCGCGUCAAAAAUCUCAAAAGCAAACGAUGUAUAUCCGACAAUAAUAAAUUCUCUCAAAAACGGAAGCUCAAAGUUGAAAAUUGAGAUGACGAAAGCUUUAGAGUUUAUCACAUCAACAGACUCCGAAGCUAAAUCAUCCUUAUCAGAAAACUCCGAGUUGUACUCUGUUCUAGUGAGUUUUUCAACGAUUAAUUCCGAUUGGAAUCCCGCGUUAAUGGAAAGUUCCAUUUCAUGUUUAAUUUCUCUCGCAAUGCUACGGAGAAACCGCGUGAAGCUCGUAAAAGCCGGAGCGGUGAAAACGAUCGGAAAAGCGCUGUCCACGGCGGAGCUAGGAACCGGGUUAACUGAUAAAGUGUUGAGAUUGUUAGAAUUAAUAUCUACAUGUAAAGAAGGGAGAAUAGAACUGUGUAACGACGGAGAUUGCGUACAAGCAAUAGUGAAGAAAGUAUUGAAAGUAUCAAGCGAAGCAACGGAACAUGCGGUAACGAUUCUUUGGAGCUUGUGUUGCUUGUUUCGGGAUCAUAAAGCACAAGAAUCGGUGGCGAAGAGCAACGGGAUGGCGAAGAUAUUGUUGUUGUUGCAAAGUAAUUGUUCGCCGGCGGUGAGACAAAUGGCCGCCGAUUUGCUUAAAGUGUUUAGGGUGAAUUUGAAAGCGGCGUCUUGUCUUUCUACUAGCUAUGAUACGAAAACUACUCACAUCAUGCCAUUUUGAUGGGGUGCUGAUUUUUUAUUCUUGAUAACUUUUGGGGGUUAUUUGGAGGUUUUGUAAAUCAUAAGCAAUUUUGUUGAGAAAAAAAAUAUACUCAUUGAAAAAAGAAGAAACUUCAAUUGUUUUCAACUCUAUACUAGUUAGUGUUUCUUA